CUUGAGUCAGGUUGGGUGUCAGAACACCGCUCGUCGCGUACGGUGAAGCUUACGUGAUUAUUGUGCAAGCAUUGGCGUCGCUCAAAUGGCUUCUGAACGUUUUUCGUCUCAUACGGCGCACGGAAUACUUUCCUGCACGGAAGCUAAUGAUUCCUUGAACAGCGUUGACUGGUCGUUCUAUGCGCUAGAGGAAUUCAAGUCUCCGAGGUCGAUUCUCAACAACAUCAAUUCGCUCGCUAUUUCACCAAUCAGCAAUUCGGGUACGACUGCCAGUCAACUUUCUCAAAAAGGUGACUUCGAUGCGACUUGCUCUACAGCAUCCUUACUGACGCUGCACGACGGAAAACUAGCUCCGCGACAGGCGCGCAAGCAGGCCAAUCCGAUGCGCUUCAAGGUGCGACUGUUCAACGGUUCCGUUUUGGAUCAGCAAGCAAGCGGCGACGGAAUGGAAGGUGUAACGUUUUCUCCGGAAGAAAGCAGUAAUGGAAGUACUUCAAAUAACGACUUGGAUCCUUUUCUACACUUGGGACAAGAAGGGCUGGAUGAUUGCGUUUUCCAGGUUCUAGAUGAUGGUUAUUGCUCUAGUCCGGUUACAUCGCCUUCCAGAACGUCCAACUCGAAUCAAGAGGAAGCCUUAACGGCCAUGCAAUGUAUCAUCGACUACGUCGAUUGCGAGUAUCCCCUACAAUGCGUCAGCAGCGUUCAGUAUCCGAACAACGCUCACACGCCCGAUCACGAAGUACUGAAGUACUGCUUGUCCAGUGAGGGUAUGGAAGAUCUCAAAGAUUCGGAAGGGAAAUCUAAACCAACAGUGUUCACUCGAGCCGACAAUUGGAUUGCAACAUGUCGAGUUUCACCACCAAGGCACCAGCGACCUCCAACUCAUCUCAGUGGGUCCAUUUCUGAUCCGUCUCACUUGAGACUUAACUCGUUUUGCAACAACGCGCCGGACAUUAAGCCAGAUCCCGACGAGCAACACGUAGCUCCAACGUCGAAGACGAAAAACGCAUCAAAAAAUCCGCUUCGAAAAUCGUCCCGGGCACAACGUCUUCACUUUUCUUCCGAUUACGAAUACGAAGACAUACGAACGAGCCGCAGUCCGAAACGAGUGGUCUACUCGCCUUCGUCGCCUGAUGGCAACGACGACAAGGAGAACAUUUACCCGUGUUGCAACGGCCGAAUUAAGAGACCCAGGAACGCCUUUAUACUCUACACAAUAGAGCACAGAGCAUCUGUGGCAAGGUUGUAUCCGAACACGGACAAUCGUGAGAUUAGCAAGCUGCUAGGCGAGCAGUGGAAGAGUCUGUCUGAGAAAGACAAACUGCCAUAUCGACAAGCAGCUAAUAAGGAAAUGGCGGAGUUACGGUAUCGUUAUCCCAACUGGAAGUAUUCUGCAAAUCGGGGUCAGGAUGUGGUGAGUAACGGUGCCAUGACGAGUCGCCAGAAGCGACGUCGAUACAAUAAGAAAGUUCCCGCUAAACCGAUGGGUCUCAAGGAAAUGUACAUGAAGGAACUCGCCAAUACGGUCAAACAAGAAUCGCUGUUUGACGAAAGGAAUUCUCAGUUUAUCCACGGCGGUGAACACUCAUUGUCUGCAUCGGAAGCGUCGAGCACGACCGGAGAACCACUAGAAAUGUAUUCGUGGUUGCAGUGCGAGAAUUGUAAGAAGUGGAGGAGGACAGCGACCGACAGUUAUGAACUAGAAGGCGACGCAAGUUGCUAUCUUCUUGGAAUGGACUGUGAAUGCACAUAUAAUCAUUGUUCCUCUCCAGGGGCAUACAGAUGGCCAAUGUCUGCGAAAGACAGCGAGUGAAUGACGCCAAUAACCUAUAACACGACAUCUCUCUUUUAACUUUGUCCGUUUAAUUAUUUCGUGAUGUGUGAUCGUCGUCUGUUGACGUUCACCGCCCUAUAUGCUGACAGCUACGUUGUCUGCUCUUUCAGCAAUCCGUAUGUGACAGUGCAUGUCGAUUGUUGGCAACCGCCAUCGACUUCUUGAUUCUUUCUAUACAACAAGUCGCAUUUAAAGUAUCA